CUACAGGUGAGAGAGCUGCCCGUAAUUCCCCAGCCAAAUCUGAGGACUAUGCCCAAAGCUCCCGGCCCUUCUGCUCAGCCAUGGAGAGCCCUAUGUUUGACACCAUCCUGGAGACGACAGACGGAGUAACUCCAGAUCCCAGCUGGACGCUGCCUUACCCAUUGGGCUUCCAGGUCUCACUGACAGGCUUCUUGAUGUUAGAAAUUGUGUUGGGUGUGAGCAGCAACCUGACUGUACUGGUGCUGUAUUGCUUGCAGGCUGGCCUCGUUGACUCUGUCAGCAACAUGGUGACAAUGAACCUGCAUGUUCUGGAUGUGCUCAUCUGUGUGGUCUGUGCACCACUUAGCAUGGUGGUAGUGCUAGUGCCACCUGACCGUGCCGCCACCCUGCUCUGCUGCUUCCAUGAGGCCUGCAUAACCUUUAGCAGUGUAGCCACAGCGACCAACGUGCUGGUGAUCAGCUUAGACCGUUAUGACAUCUCCGUGCGACCGGCCCAGCGUGUGCUGACCCCAGCCCGUGCCAUCUUACUUCUGGCUGGGGUCUGGGUGUUGUCCCUGGCUGUCUUCUUUAUCCCCUUCCUAGAAGGUGAAUUUGGCCAUGCAAGUAUGUGGCAGAACCGCACGGUGCUUUGCGUGGGUCCGGAGGAAUUCCACGCUGAGCUAGGCACCUCCUAUCACCUGGCUAUCCAGAUCCCUACUUUCUUUGCAGCUGUAGCUGUCAUGCUGGUCACUUAUGCGAAGAUUCUCCAGGCUCUCAACAUCAGCAUUGGUAGUACCUUCAAGCGCAGCCAGCGCCGCAAGACCAAGAAGAGGAAGCGGCGGAAAUCAGCAGAGCCUGGUACCAGCAUGGUUAGCAGUGCAGUGGAAGCCAAGCGGCGAUCCCAGCCUGUACCCGCUCUCCCUACGCCACCCCCUAUGGGAGUACAAGCUUCAGUCUCUGUCAUCAUUGCACUUCGGCGGGCAGUCAAACGUCACCGGGACCGGAGGGAGCGCCAGCGGCGAGUUUUCCGCAUGUCCCUACUCAUCAUUUCAACCUUCCUAUUGUGCUGGGCACCCUUGUCCAUUGCCAAUCUGCUCAUCCUGUGCCUCGGGCCCAGUCCCUUGCUGGGCAAGCUGCGUAUCUGCUUCCUGGCCAUGGCCUAUGGUACCACCAUCUUCCACCCGCUCCUCUAUGCCUUCACCCGCCAGAAGCUGCGGAAUGUCCUCCGCAGCAAGCUGAAGAAGCGGGUGGUGUCAGCACUGCAGGUGGACCCUGCACCGGGCGGCACAGUCAUUCACAAUUCCUGGGUAGAACCACCACGCAAAAGCUGCAAGGGCCGGCCACAGGGUAGCGAUGGGGCUGAGCACUGCCUCACCGAGGCCACUAAGGAGUGAGGUAUCAAUACUUGAGUCCUCACAAAUGGCUACCGGGAGAGUUUGGAUGGGUGUACUACCAGUCCACUGCCUCACCCAAGCUGGUGAGCAGUGGGUGCCAAACACCCACCCAUUGAAGAGUGCAAGAUAGGCAUGGAGCCGUCCUCUCAAGGUCACCAGAAACUACCAAAAAAAUGGUGCUAGCCCCUCAGACUGAAGCCACUAAGGGGAGAAGUCAGGGAGCAGGGUUCAGUAAGACCAUGCCAAAUGGGAGGGAUAGCCACCAACACCUCACUGAAACUUCAGUAGUUUCCAGUUUUGGGAGGGUGAUAUUUGGCCCUCCCAAUAGUCCCUCCCCUGUGCUCAGUGGAGGAACUACUUGACUCUCUAGGAGGGAAAGAUGAAGCAUUAGGCCUUCCUGCCUAUGGCAUUGACCAAUUCUACCACCACACAUGAGUCCCACUAGGAUUACUACUAUUACUAAUGCUACUACUUCAUCUUUAUAUAAUGCCAAAAGUUACGCUAUUAGUCCCACUCAGGUGCGUUCCCCUCCAUGUAGAGCUACUGAGUCUCUGUAACACUCCAAAAGUGAGCUGACACAGAUGUACCCAGGGACCUAGUCAGUUCACACACACCCCUCCUUUACUGCUGGCUAAAUGCAGGAGAGCUGGGACAAAUGCUGUGGUUGCUGAGGGAAGAAGAGGAGGAAAACUCUGGAAGGGCCAUUUGGGUGUAGUGGGAGGAAGGAAUACAACAUGAGUGUUGAAAAUUGCUACGAUCAGCCUGAGCCUCACACUGGUCUUUGCCCCACUGCCAUGUUGUGCUAAAGGCCACCUUAGAAUAGGCAAGAUAUGUGCUGUUUUAGGUCCAAUGUGUCAGGUUCCCAGCUGCCUCUGCAACCUGCAAAGGUUUUUUCCAAAAGAACAGACCACGGUCUCUUAGGGAUUAUUCAGAUGGUGAAAAUAAUCCAAGAUGAAUCCAGUUGAAUCUCUGUUGUUCACAUGCAUACUGAAGGCACCUAAUUAAAUUGGGGGGAGGGCUGCCAAAAAACCCACUUACCCCAGAAUAAUUGAUAUCAGGGUAUUUUGAGUUUUUAAAAAAGAUUUGCAGUUGCCAGUUAGAAUAACCGAUGUGAAUAGAUCUGAAUAGACUCAGGAUAAAACUCGGCAUGCCUUGAAUGCAUUUCAAAUAUAUUUGCAUCAUCAACAGGCUCGCGGUCAAGAAAGCACUCCCCCUUCCCCAGCAGAACAGCCGGCGCUGAAACCAGGAGGGAAAAGGGAAAGAGGGCAAAAGGGGGAGCAAAAAAUAGGUGCCAACUCCCUCAAGUGGCAGGAGGAGGAGCCUCUGCCCAGCUGAGGGUUGCUGGUGGGUGCAGGGACAAAGGAAAGGAGCCCACACAUGAGCAACCAAACCUGUAGAGAUGCAGUUCCCUAGUAUGAAUAACAAACCCAGAAUGCAUGAACGAGGUUAUUCACAUCUUUCCAAUAAAAAAAUCAAAGCUUGAAUGAGCCUGGUAGACAUACUCCACCAAGGCUUUUGGUAGACUCUGCUCCUCCCAUCUUCUAUACUGGGCCCAGUUUCUUCCUAAUACCUUCUUUAGGGAAAAAAUAUAAAGCAAACUGGUAUGUGAGACAUUACUUUUCUGUCCUUUCCAUCAUUGGUGCUGGAUUCUUCCUUUUGUCUUAUUUUGAAGGUUCACUACAGUAUCAGAUAGCAGCCUCUGUAGGAAUGAACAAAGGGGAAAGAAAUGUGCCGUUCUGAGGCAUCUCCUAAAGGGAGCCAAGAAAUCGCUGUAGCAGUGUGUCCAUCCAAGGAUAGGCACGUCCUCUUGGCUGUGUCCUCCUCCUCCUCCUGCCAGCACCCUCUAAGUGCCAAGGCUUAAGAAGGGAGGGUGGAUCUCCCUCCACAGCUUAGGUCCACUAAGGGCAGACUCAGAUGCAACACUUCUUUUUUUUUUUUUUUUUGCUAAGGGAACCCUCGGAUGCAAUCCGGGGAUAGAAGAGAGGCUGUACUGAAUGGAGGGUCUGGGGGGCCUCAGCUUACCCUCCAGUGGAGUGGACUUUUUCGGGGCUCUUCUUGUGAUGACCAGCUGGAUGGAGGGUCAUAAACUGUAGAGCCAGAGGGUCAUGACACCACUUUGCAAGGAGUCCCAAAGAGAUGAUCUAUGGGCUGCAGAGAGAAUACGCAGGUUACAUUUCACUCUUCUCCCAGUGUUCCCACCAGAGCCUUGGAUGCAACUAGUUACUUGUAGUUAAUUCCUUUUUCUAAUCACCAAGCUUAUUUAAGGUAUACAUUACAUUAUCAUUAUACCUUGAUAAGGGAUAAUAUCACUCCUUCUACAUGGUAAUUAUAACUUUUUAGUUACAGGAAUGUGGCUUGACUAAAUAAUGGAGAAGCGAUAGCAUGAGUUUCCUGCGUGGCUCAAUGUUCUGUUGAGGGUGUUGCAAUGACGACAAUGUGAACAAAUGGAGAGUGUGCACUCUACCACAGGAUAACAGGUUAUAACACACAAAACAUAAAAGUCAAAUUUAACUCGGGAUCUGUAACAACAUUUUAAAAGUAACUUCCCAAUCUCUAUUUCCAAAAUACAUCUAGAUGAUUUAGGGUGCAAUCUUACACACGAGGGGUGAGCAAGGUGUUGCCCUCCUGAUAUUUUUGGACUAUAAUUCCCAAGAGCCCUAGUAGCAUAGCCAGUGGUGAGAAAUGCUAGGAGAAGUACAGCAACAUCUGGAAGGCCAUACUUUACUUAUCUCUACUAUAUACAGCCUUGAGCUAGGAAGGCCUGUUGAAUAGAUACAAAUAAGAUUGUGCUAUCAAGCACUUUAGAAAGUCCCAGCACAGCCAAGGAGCCCAAGACAACACAAGGAACACCUAAACACCUCCACACACACCAUCCAGAAGAGAUAAUUUCCAUGCUGUUAGCAUACUGACAGUAGCAGGGAGGAAGGGAGAGAAAGCAGUAAAGCGUUGCUAAGUAGCUACAGGUAGUUCGCCUUACUGCUUCGUAACUGUCUGAAAAUGUUUAAAUAGCAUAUGGCUGUUUGCUAGGCAACCCAUUCCCUCCAACACUUUUACUUAGUAGGCUGCCCAGAAAUCUCUGGUGGCAGCCCUCAAAAGGUGGUGGGAUGAAUAUUUGACUAGACCCAGAAGUCUGUUGUCAAUAGAGCUUAGAAAGCUGAUUUUUUAAAAAGUAAUCAAUGAAUUAGUUAAGCUAACUACCAUUAUAGUUUUUCUCAAAAGCUGUGUUAGUCUGUAGAAUUAGUACAUAGAUCUUGUAACACUUUUGAGACUCUGAAAGAAACAAG